AGAUUUAUAGUCCUUGUAGAUAAUUUUUAAAGCUCUCUCAUAGAUUCAAUUUAUAUAAUUAUUUUUUUACUGUGAAACAUCCAUAUAAGUGGGCAGUAUAAGAAGUUUGAAGUUAUCAUUGCAGAAAGUAUAAGUUUAUGUUGGUAUACAAUGCGAUUCUUGAAAGCGCGUUUACUUUUCUGCUGGCAUAUUUGCAUAAAGUGUUCACAUGCUCUUCGAAGGAAAAAAAAAAAAUUACAUAUAAAAGUGUUAAAAGGGACGUCCGGUACAUUAGGUAGGAAGACAUAAACAUUAAACUGUUUUAACUAAAACCACAGGCAUCAGGUUUGGCGAUUAGGAAAGCAUCGAGUAUGAAAUCAAAGGCUUUAGAAAGAUCAGUAAGUAAUGCGCUAAAGCAUUCGUUGUGAUUUAACUUUUUUUUCCAUUUUUCGGUCAUUGCAAUCAAACAUAGUUGAGCUAAAUCCUCAUAAUUACAUUUUUCAUAUACUUUAGGUAUGUUAAAUAGAAUACUGAUUGGCCUGUAGUUGCUUUUAUCUGCUUUGGAACCUUUUCUGUGUAUUGAAAUAAUAUCAGCGUUUUUUAAUAAGUCUGUAAAAAUGUUGUUUGAAAUAGCGUACACUCUUAAAAAAGUUCCGGUAAAAUUUACACGAACUGUUCAGGCGAUUUUUUACGCCUGUAACUUCAGGCGAAACAACUGAAUGUUCGAUCGAUGCGUUCUGACGAUGUCUUUUGCCUGAACAGUUCAGGAUUAGUUUAGAUCAACAGUUACAGUUAUUAUAAAUUAUUCCUAAACUUUAGACAAACUGCACGAACCUGUAAAAACCGGAACUUUUAAUCUUAAUUUUUUGCUUUUUAAAAGAAUGUGCUCGGUAAUGAUAAAAAAUUUAAACACUCAUGAGUUGAUUAAUCAUUUGAUUUCAAAAAGAAUUUCUGUGGAAACAACUGCUAAAUUGUCAAGAUGUCAAUGUGUUGUUACCUUUGCCCCAAAGAUUUUUCAACUGUUGCUUUUUACAUAAAUCACUUGAGGAACUUUCAUCUUUUGUUUGAGCCUUGUCAACUUCGUUGUAAUGUUGAUGGUUGUAUAAGAUUGUUUACUACAUACAAUAUGCUUAGAAAACAUAUAAAUAAAGAUCAUGCCAGUUUUGUAGUUAAUAUUGCUCGAUUAUUUAGCAUAAGUUGUGAAAAUCCAGUAACACCUACUUCUGAAGCUAAAAGUGAAAUUAAAAUAGACAAAGAAUGUGAGAUAAAAAUUGAUGGCGUUGCCUCACCUAUUGUUGAUGAGUAUGGCAUAUCACAAGCAGCAUUAAAAUUUAUUAUGGCUUUAAUGUCUUCGAGUUCUAUUCCUCUAAGUACUUCAGAGUUUGUUAAGAGUUGUUCACAAAACCUAAUUGAAGACAUACUUAGUUAUUUACUAUGUAAAACAAUUGCUAUACUGAAAACAUAUAGGUGUGAGAAACAUGUAAUUGACAAUUUAACAGAAGAGUUUAACAGAUGGAAAACACCUUUUAGUGGAAUUGAUUCACAACAUCGAAUAUUAUCAUAUUUGAAAAAUAAAGGCCUAUAUAUUGAACCAGUACCACAUUCAAUGGGUGAACGAUGGGAUACAAAACGUGACAGAAAGACUAAAAGGCAAAUCCAAGUCAAAGUAAAAGAUUUGUUUUAUCACAUACCUAUUGAAAGCACAAUAAAGCUUGUGUUGCGACAGCCAGAAGCCGUGAAAAUGUUAAAAGUGGAGCAAAUAUCUAAUUUAGAAUUUGUUGAAGAUUGGUUUUGUAGUGAAAAUGGAAAAAAAUUAAUGGCAUAUGCCAAAUUAAAAUUUCCGAAAAGUUUCCCUUUGUUUAUUCAAAUUUACUUCGAUGAAGUAGAGACCACAAAUCCUCUUGGAUCAAAAACAGGCAUUCAUAAACUUGGUGCCUUUUAUUUUGUGAUAAAGAACUUUCCUCAUGCAGCAAACUCAGCCUUGAACAACAUUCAUAUGUUAGCAUUAACUCACGCAAUAGACAUAAAGAAAAAUUCAGCAAAACCAGUGAUAAAAGUGAUUGUAAAUGAAUUGCAAAAACUUCAUGACGAAGGAUUUGAUAUUUUUAUUGAAGGCAAAAAAACUAACUUUAGAUGUUUACUAACCCAAAUUGUUGGAGACAAUUUAGGUCUGCACUCUAUAUUAGGAUAUAUGGAAAAUUUUAGUACUGUUUCUUUUCCAUGUGACAUGUGCAUGAUAUCACAAGUUGACAUACAGCAUGUUUUUAAAGAAGAAAAACAAGCUCUCAGAACAGACAUUUUAUACAACUCUCAAGUUCAUCAGAUGCAAAGAGGCAAAAUUUCUAAUAAGAACUGUGGAAUUAAGCGGUUUACUUGUUUAACUGAAUUGCCAUAUUAUCAUCCUGCUUCGAAUGAUUCUGCAGACAUAAUGCAUGAUAUUUUUGAAGGAGUUAUUCCGUGCGAAGUUAAAUUGUUUCUUUAUCAUGUGUUGUAUGAUGUCAAAUGUAUCUCCAUUACAGAACUGAAUAGGCGAAUCAAGUUUAUGGAUUAUGGUAUUGUCUGCAGCUCAAAACCUAGUACUAUUAAUGAGUCGCGUAUGAAAAGUACUGACUCUUUACUAGGUCAACGCUCUGCUCAGAUGCUUACACUGUUUAUGUAUUUGCCACUUAUUUUGUCUGAUGUUAUUGAUAAAGUAGAUACACAAAAGUGGAAACUUUACCAAAUCUUAAAGCAAUUGUGUGAUAUAAUCUUAUCUCCAAAUUUAAAUUGUUUACAAGUCACGUAUAUUGAGGAAUUAGUAAUGGAACAUCAUUCAUUGAUGAAAGAAUGUUAUCCUGAGAAAAAACUUCUUUAUAAGCAUCACUGAAUGAUUCAUUAUGGAACUAUUAUAAAACGAAGUGGGCCUCUUCUUCACAUGAUUGUUAUAAGGUAUGAAGCCAAGCAUAAUUUUUCAAAAAGAUUAGCUCAUAUUGUUUGCAAUUUUCAGAACAUUUCUUAUUCAAUUGCAAAAAGACAUCAAAUUGCUCAUGCUUUAGCGUGGAUGACUCAUGGUCCCCUAAAAAUCAUUACUGAUGUAAAAAAUAGUGCAAUGUUUUUAGUUUCAGAAUUAAAGAACAAAAAUCUUAUUAUUCCCUUUAUUGGUGAAGAAAGUGAGGUUUUAGCUGUUGAUUGUGUUACGGUUUUAGGUCAGAAAUUCAGAUCAAGUGAAAUAAUUCUUUAUGAUUUUAAUAGUGAUGGUGAACCAAGUUUUGCUCACAUUGACCAGAUUUUUGUUCAUUGCGAAGUUGUGUAUUUUUUCACAACAAAGUGGAUUGUCCACAAAUACUGCAGUCUAUCUUUAUCUUACUGUUGUUUACUAGAUAACCAAAAACUAUGUAUAAGAACAUGUGAUAUAAUAGAUUACAAACCUCUUAAUGCAGUGCGUUGUUUGAAAAUAAAUUGCCCAUUCAUGCACAUUAUCUUGAAUCAUCAACUAUGUCAUGAUAACUUUCUGUACCUACCCCACAAAAAUAUCUGGCGAUAUUGUAAAUAUUUAUUAUAUGUAACUCAAUAUUUUAUU